GGAAAUUCUGUACUUCAGCGGUUAAUUCCGUUCGCCUCCGACUUUUUGUCUGGCCAGCACCGCUCUGUCAGUACGCCCUCUCGCGAAAAAUUAGGGUUUCCAGCUCCAACCACAGCUCCCUUGAAUCUCGAGCUCUCCGCGUCUUUCCCUGACCUAGAUUUCCUCUUGUUUCUAGGGUUUACAGAUCUGCGCAGGUCUUGCUUCGAGCUCUGCUGAAUCCUCCCCUUUCUUCGACAUGUUUUGGAAGAUCUCAUCUCUCUCUACCUCCUCACCCGUGGAGUCAAUAUUAGACAAGGAGAACUUCACUUUGGAAGAGCUUCUGGAUGAAGAAGAAAUAAUUCAAGAAUGCAAAGCAUUAAACAGUCGGCUCAUUAACUUUCUCCGGGAUAGAGCCCAGGUGGAGCAGUUAUUACACUAUAUUGUUGAUGAAGCCCCAGAGGAUGCUGAAAGCAAACGAGUCUUCAAGUUCCCAUUCAUUUCAUGUGAGAUUUUCACAUGCGAAAUUGAUGUUAUUUUGAAGACUUUGGUGGAUGAAGAGGAGCUGAUGAACUUACUCUUCUCCUUCUUGGAACCUAAUCGUCCACGUAGCACUUUGUUGGCUGGGUACUUCAGCAAGGUCGUCAUAUGUAUUAUGAUACGGAAGACUGUCCCACUUAUGAAUUAUGUCCAAGCUCAUCAGGAUGUUUUUUGCCAUCUGGUUGAUUUGAUAGGAAUUACAUCUAUCAUGGAGGUUUUGGUUCGACUUGUAGGCGCCGAUGACCAUUUGUAUCCCAAUUAUGUAGAUGUGAUGCAAUGGUUGGCUGAAAGCAAUCUGCUGGAAAUGAUUGUGGAUAAACUCAGUCCGUCAAGUCCUCCUGAGGUGCAUGCUAAUGCGGCUGAAACACUGUGUGCUAUAACACGGAAUGCUUCAUCAGCUCUAGCCACAAAACUUUCUAGCCCAAGCUUUGUUGCAAGGAUAUUCGGUCAUGCAUUGGAAGAUUCACAAUCGAAAUCUUGCCUUGUGCACUCGCUUUCUGUCUGUAUUUCUUUGUUAGACCCAAAAAGAUCGACGUCAUCUGCUUUCAUGUUUCAUUCUUUUCGAAGUCAACAUAUGUAUGAGCCUCCAAUCUCUGCUAAACCCGAGACAAUAGGUGCAAUGCUCCCCAAACUUGGUGACCUGCUUGCACUUCUGAAUGUGUCAUCUCAUGAGAAGAUACUGCCUACUACAUAUGGAGAAUUGAGGCCUCCUCUUGGGAAGCAUCGUUUAAAGAUUGUGGAGUUCAUUGCGGUGCUAUUGAAAACUGCCAAUGAUGCUGCAGAGAAUGAAUUGGUCAGCACAGGAACCAUUCGACGAGUCAUUGAUCUUUUCUUUGAGUACCCAUACAAUAACUCGCUGCACCACCAUGUAGAGAGUAUUGUAUUCUCAUGUUUGGACAGCAAGAAUGAUAGCAUUGCCAAUCAUCUUCUUCGAGAGUGCAAUUUAAUUGGAAAGAUUCUCCAAACAGAUAAAGAACCCAUUCUUUCUGGCGACAGUAAUCAGCCAACAAUUCCUGCUGCUGGAAAGCGGGCACCUCGGGUAGGAAACAUUGGACACAUUAGGAGAAUUUCUAAUAAGCUUGUUCAGUUGGGAAACAGUCAGAGCCACAUUCAGGCGGGUCUUCAGGAAAAUAGUGAAUGGAGUGAAUGGCAAGCUACUGUUCUGCAUGAGUGCAAUGUGGUUGAAAACGUAUUCCGAUGGGCUUGUGGCCGUCCGACUGCCUUGCAAGAUAGGACAAGGGACAGUGAUGAUGAUGAUCUUCAUGAUAGAGAUUAUGAUGUAGCGGCUCUAGCAAACAAUUUAAGCCAGGCCUUUCGCUACAAAAUCUACGGAAAUGAAGAUGUGGAAGAGGAUCAUGGAGCUCUUGAUCGUGAUGAUGAGGACGUAUACUUCGAUGAUGAAUCUGCCGAAGUUGUAAUAUCAUCCUUGAGGCUAGGCGAUGACCAAGGGAGUAGUCUAUUCACGAAUUCCAACUGGUUUGCAUUCCAAGAUGACAGAAUUGGGAAUGCACCUGUUAGCACAUCGGAGAUUAUGGAUGGGAUAAACUUAAAUGGAACUGCAAAUGGUGGUAACAGCAGUGAUGACGAAGUGGUGGUUGGCGAGGAUGAGGAGUUGGCUGAAAGUAAAGACUCUGUCAAUGAGACAUCUAGUUCCAAUGCAAAAUUCCUGAAUGGGUUUAGUGGGAGUGGGUCUGUGAAUGGUGAAUUUUUGAAAAAGGAAAAUGAGAAGGCAAGUGCUUCUGAUGAUAUGGGCUUCUUCAGGUUCGAAACACCCGACAACGAGGAGUUGUUUGGAGAUAGGCCUUUACCUGAUUGGGUGGCAUGGGGCAAUUCAUCAGAUCUGCUAGUUGGUAGUUCUAGUGUGAAUCCCUUUGAGGAUCACUACAGUUCUGAUGUCGAUCCUUCUAGUCAAGCUCAGUUAGUGACUUCUGAUGGUAGUUCCCUUUCCAGUGGAGUUUCCGUACUUCCAAAUGGUUCUCCAGCCACAGCAAGCUCAAGUGAUAGCUCAGCGGGAAGUGAUUCAAGUCAGAGAUCUGCUGCUGUGCCCUCAUUGUUCGAAGAGGAUGUUGAGUUCGUAGGUGUCGAAUUGGAAGGUACCGAGAAGGCUAUGGAGCAGGCGCUCAAGGAGGGUAUAGUCGGGGAAGCAGGGGCAUUAAAGAGAAACAUUAAACAAAAGGUGCCAGAGGAGAAAUCCGAUGAGGGUGGACCUGGAAUGAAGGAGUUCAAUGAUGCUAAUUAUUGGAGGGUUGAUCAAGAGGUGGCUGUUUUGGAGUGAUUGUGGGUUGACUUUACUUAGACUGUUUCAAACUUAAACUCGGGGAUCCGACGACACCGAUCCCGGUUUUGGGUUUGCCAAGGGCCUAUGCAGCCAACAUAUGUACAGUAUAAUUUUGUUUCCACAUGGGGAUUGGAUGGUAGGUUGUGUCAUGGUUGUUAUUGUUGUUUAUUAGUUAUUUUUACUCUUCGUUUGUUUUAUCAUUCCAGGUUUUGUUUAUCAUUCCAUAUGGGGGGUUUUCCCAGAUCCAUCAUAAUCAUAUUUAUUCUUGCCAGAAA